AUGUCUACAUGGAUGCAUAUGUCGUCAUUGCACACAACACACCAAGUUCUAAAAAUGCAACACUCACCACCUCUAUGCCCGAAUGAAGCAUGUCGUCUACCGUAUCGCUGUGAAACGGUCCUUGCACUAAGAGCUUUGUUUCCUGAAAGGGCUGCCUACUUCAGUCGUUUUGACCUAGAGUCACACUAUUCUAUGGAAGCAUUAAGGGAUGACACCAUUACACCUAUUUCUAUCCAACGUAUAGUUCCUUUAAACAAAAUCGCCUUAAAAGUCUGCUUUUGCGAAGAUGAAGAAAACCAAGUUGUUGUGGAAUUUGAAAAGAGUGGACCACUAUCGGAUCUUAUCAGAGAGAUUCGUAGAGAGUUGAAAAUAAUGAAUACAGAUAAAGUAAGAAAAUAGUG